GUAAUUUAAUUGCAAAUUUGACCCAACAGAUAGGAAGGAAAUAAGACAUUUUAAUGGAAAAUAAAAGGUAAUUGAUAACUUGGUUGCAGUUUCUGUUUGGAGAGGUAAUUCAUUGGAGGCAGGAGGCCAAGAAGGAUAACAAAAAGCGCUUUUCUAAAUGACUUCAUUGUCUUGAUUUAGUUUGGCUUCACUGAGCCUUACCUCAUAUUUCAUUACAGGCAUCCACCACAUCAGAACGAUGUCCUACGUUUUUGUAAAUGAUUCUUCUCAGACUAACGUGCCCUUGCUGCAAGCCUGCAUCGACGGGGACUUUAACUAUUCCAAGCGGCUUCUGGAAAGUGGCUUUGACCCCAACAUUCGUGACAGCAGGGGCAGAACAGGCCUUCACCUUGCUGCAGCCCGUGGGAACGUAGACAUCUGCCAGUUGUUGCAUAAAUUUGGUGCGGAUCUUCUGGCCACAGAUUAUCAAGGGAACACAGCUCUUCAUCUCUGUGGUCAUGUGGAUACUAUUCAAUUCUUAGUUUCCAAUGGACUCAAAAUUGAUAUUUGGUAAGUUCUCUGUGGUUUU